AUGUCACUUGCCGUCGCGGCGACGCUCUGUACGCGGGACCUCCGCCGAGAACAUCAGCGUAAGCAAGUGUCACCCUCGCGCGCGCCCUCAGAAUGCUCCAGUGCCGACGAGACUGCGUCGCACGCCCUUCGUUCUCUGAACGUGAGCGGAGACGCGUAG